AUUUGCAUUCAUUGCAACACGAUGGAAGUGCGUCACCGUCGUCCGGCACCUGCCGCUUCUCCGUCUCCCACGGAUGUUAACGCUUCUUACGACUACCCGCAUGACAAGAAGCGCCAUCGCCGCUUCCAGCCGUCGCUACCGCGCGGCUGGCUCGUAGUGCUGGGCUUCCUGGCCUUCUACGCUUCGGCCUUCGCCAUUGUGACGUUUUGGCACACGUGGUUGCCGCAGCCCAAGGGUCUAAACACUCCUCCCAGCGAGUUCUCUGAGGACAGGGCGCGUGUGGUGCUGGAGAAGAUCAUGAGCUUCGGAUAUCGUCCAGUAGGCACCAAAGCCAACGAAGAACUGACCCCAAACUACUUGUUGGAGCAGAUUGAAGAGAUCCGAGCUUCCAAGCCGACAGGAGUUAGUGUGGACGUGGACGUACAGAGACCCUCGGGCGCCUUUGGACUGGACUUCAUCGCGCAGUUCCAGAACAUUUACGCCAACGUGACCAACAUUCUGGUCAAAGUCUCACCACCCAAUGCCUCCCCAGAAGCGCUCAAUAAUUCGCUAAUGAUCUCGUCCCAUUACGACGCAGCCAUUGGAGGCGCUGCAGCGUCAGACGACGGUGUGAAUAUUGCAAUUAUGAUGGAAUUAUUGCGAAUGUUCGUGUUGAAUCCGCCCAAACACGCGACGUUGGUAUUUAACUUUAACGGUGCCGAGGAGACAAUUAUGCAGGCGGCACAUGGGUUUAUUACGCAACAUCCGUGGACUGAUGCUAUUCGAGCUUUUAUCAACUUGGAAGCUGCAGGAGCUGGAGGACGAGAACUUCUCUUCCAGACGGGCAGUGAUGAAUUGGCCUUGGCGUAUGCACAAGGCGCUAAGUAUCCACAUGCAAGUAUCAUUGCGCAGGAGUUAUUCCAAUCGGGAAUUAUUCCCGCAGAUACCGACUACCGAAUUUACCGCGACUUUGGUUACGUUGCGGGAAUGGACUUUGCAUACAUCGCUAAUGGCUACGUAUACCAUACCACAUUAGACGAUAUUUCCCGAAUUCAACCGGGUGCGAUACAGCGUCUUGGAGAGAAUGUAGUGGGUGUAGUGAACCAGUUGGGAAGCGAGCCUGGACGGUUGAAAAGAGUGGCGGAGAACCCUCAGACCUCACGAACAUUCUUCUCGGAUGUCAUGGGACUCACGAUGGUGACGGCAAGCAAAACAACGACCUUCAUUCUGUGUGGUGGAGUGGUGUUGAUGGCGGUAUUUUACCUCCUACUAUCCCACGUCUCAUUGUCCGAACGAUUGACUGCUUUUAUGUUGAUUUCGAGGUGUUUUGGCACUGCAAUUGCCGCUUCCUUGACGGUUGGAGUGAUACUGAGUCUGUAUGCCCCACUCCCGUGGUAUUCGCAGCCAUACUUGGCUGGAGCGCUCUUCCUGGCUCCGGCCUUGGCAGGAAUGGUUCAUCAAUUGGCUUGUGUAUUGGAGAAGGAUGGAGUCACUCCUCAAGCUCUGUGGCGUCUUGAAGAGAGUCUCUUUGAAGCCAUGAUGUGCAUCUGGAUGGGGGCAUUGGCGAUCUGCAUGCAGUUGGGUCUUAUCUCGAGCUACGUCCUGGCAGUGUGGAUCUUUUUCCCUUUGAUGGGACAAAUACUGUGUCAACUUCUUCAACGCUUCCGCAUGUUCUCGUCGAGUAUGUACAUUUUCAUCUCGCUGGGUGCGAUGAUCAUCCCUGUGAUCCAUACGAUGUGCUGCUUUGCGAUCGCAUUGAUGUUCUUUAUCCCGCUACUUGGUCGAAGCGGUCCAGUGGUGCCUCCUGAUGUGGUGCUGUCACUCUUGAUGUGCAUCAUCCUAUUGAUUAUGGUCUCGUAUUCCGGUCGAGUGUUCUGCUUCUUGCCGACGAAGCAGCUUAAACUGGUUCGGAACGUUUGUAUCAUUGUGACUGUAGUUGCUACAGCGUAUGCUUCAAUUCGUAACCCGUACUCGGAUAUCUGCCCGAAGCGUCUCAUGCUCCAGCACGUUCAACGUGAAGUGAUACUUCCAAAUGGUGAUAUCCAGACUGACUCGGGGCUUUGGAUCAACUCACUGGACUUCCGUGGUCCGGAUCCGAUCAAGAGUUAUUUGAGUAAUACACAAUGGAAGGAUGCGCGUAUGCACGUGGCCCCGGAAGAGCUACACGAGCACGCAGAAGUGUACGGACACAUGCCGUGGUCUCUACCAGUGAAGCACAUGCUGCCUGAAGACAAGUCGUGGUAUCUCCCGGCUGCUGCGCCUACUCUUCCUAACGAUGCCCAUAAGGCCAGGUAAGUAAUUUAUGAGUUUCUGAGUAUGUCAGUGAAACUUAUUCGUAUUUUACUGCAAACUUGCAGACUGGAAGUUUUAUCGUCGACGUAUUCAGCGGACACAGAUCGACGUAAAAUUCACUUUGUGUUCACGGGACCUUCACACAUGAAUCUCUUCAUUGAUGCCAAGAAAACCAAAUUGACGUCAUGGUCGAUGGGAAAUGGAGUGAGUGGGCCGGUGGUUGAGGCUGAAGACGCGUACAUUCUUCAGUUCUGUAGCGGUGCUGUACCCUCAAGUUACCAUUUCUGGAUCGAGGCCGAGUCCAACAAGCCUAUCGAUGUCGCUUUUGUUGGCCACUUCCUCGAAGUUACAACGCCAGAGAUGAAGGAAUUCACGGAUGUGCUGCCCUCGUGGACUGUCGUGGCAUCUGCAGUGUCCACGUGGACGAAGAUGCAGAUUUAGAGACGUGUAGUCCUGAUUUUCUGGUUAAAUCUAGUUAUUUUGCAUCCUAAUUAUUUAGGAUUGCUGCGUUAUAACCGUAUUCUGAUUGUUUGUUGCAGGUUCUCCUUCGCUUUCGUCGCUCUCGAUCAGUUCGUCCGGGUUGACGAUCAGUUCGUGCUCUGUAGAA